UCCAACAGUAUCCCUCCUUCCAAUUUCUUUCAAGUAUGUCCAACACAUCUGAAGAUGAAUCUCAGCAGCCAUUUUUGCCUUCUGUCACCGCUAAACCAGACACCUCCUCUAUUAAUCCUCCAUCCAAGAAGCGACGAAGCCUUCCUGGCAAUCCGGAUCCAGAUGCAGAGGUUGUAGCUUUAUCUCCAAGAACACUAUUGGCAACAAAUAGAUACAUAUGUGAAGUCUGUCACAAAGGUUUUCAGAGGGACCAGAAUCUUCAACUUCAUAGGAGAGGACACAACCUGCCAUGGAAACUCAAGCAGAGAACAAGCACUGAAGUGAAGAAGAAGGUCUAUGUCUGUCCUGAAGUCACUUGUGUUCACCAUAAUCCUAGUCGGGCUUUGGGAGAUCUAACAGGCAUAAAGAAACACUUCUCAAGGAAACACGGUGAGAAGAAAUGGAAGUGUGAUAAGUGCUCUAAGAAGUAUGCUGUUCAAUCUGAUUGGAAAGCUCAUGCGAAGAUUUGCGGCACCAAAGAGUAUCGAUGUGAUUGUGGCACCAUCUUCUCUAGGAAAGAUAGCUUUGUGACACAUAGAGCUUUUUGUGAUGCAUUGGCUGAAGAGAAUUAUAGAACAAAUCAUGGACUUGCAUCCAUGGUUGGGAGUUUGCAAAGCCAAACACAAGACUUGUGUUCUCAUUCCAUGCCAAGCUUGCAUUCAUCAAGCAUUGAUACCAUGAUGAACUCAACCAGUUCUGAUCACAAUUCAAAUAAUCCUCACUCACUCUCACUUAAUAAUCCACUCAUGGCUAACACUUCUGACAUGAUUUUCAAUCCAAGUGCGAUGAGGAACUCAGGCCUGCAACUUGGAGGAAUGAACACGAACAUGAUGAGCUCUGGUGGAUCAAGUAGUAGCCUUCGAAUGUCGAUCGGGUCUAGCUACAUGUCGGCCACUGCUUUGCUUCAGAAGGCGGCGGAGAUGGGCGCAAAGGUCAGCGAUAAUUCUAUAUCUCCGAUACUCCUUCGAGGCUUCACCGGAUACUCAAGCAGUUCCAAAUCAUUGGUUUCUAUGCAAGAACCUGUGAAUCCUUUCUCAACAGCAGUAGCUGAUACUAAUGCAUAUGUUGGAAAUAAUCCAAGUACUACUACUGAUCAUCAUCAUCAUCAUCAUGCUUAUAAUUCAGUGAAUGCUGAAAAUCACACAUCCAUGGUUGGUUUAGAAGCACAAUUAAUAAGGAGGAACACUAGUAAUACUACUACUAGUAGUCAUGAAGAGAUGGGAGAGAGAAGAGAUGGGAGAAUGACCCAAGAUUUCUUAGGAUUGGGACCUGCUGGAAAUGCAAGAAUUAAUAGUGAUCAUGGAUAUGUUGAGAACUCUGUGGGACUUAGGUAUUCAAAUGAACAUCAACAAAACCAAGAGGAGAUGAUGUACACUGGUUACCACCAUAGCAUGUCACAAGGCCAACAACCCACGUUGGCAAAGCCUAUGUGGGAUUUUUAAA